AGCAGAGGGAAAGGAAUUAACCAGCUCUCCAGCCAAGCAAAUCCCCGCCUCACCAUGCUUCCUCCUGCCAUUCAUUUCUAUCUCAUUCCCCUUGCAUGCAUCCUAAUGAAAAGCUGUUUGGCUUUUAAAAAUGACGCCACAGAAAUCCUUUAUUCACAUGUGGUUAAGCCUGUCCCAGCACACCCCAGCAGCAACAGCACGAUGAAUCAAGCCAGGAAUGGAGGCAGGCAUUUCAGUAACACUGGACUGGAUCGGAACACUCGAGUUCAAGUGGGUUGCCGGGAACUGCGUUCCACCAAAUACAUCUCGGAUGGGCAGUGCACCAGCAUCAGCCCCCUGAAGGAGCUGGUGUGUGCUGGCGAGUGCUUGCCCCUUCCGGUGCUGCCCAACUGGAUUGGAGGAGGCUACGGAACCAAGUACUGGAGCAGGAGGAGCUCCCAGGAAUGGAGGUGUGUCAAUGACAAAACGCGUACCCAGAGAAUCCAGCUGCAGUGCCAAGACGGCAGCGCGCGCACCUACAAAAUCACAGUGGUCACCGCCUGCAAGUGCAAGAGGUACACUCGCCAGCACAACGAGUCCAGUCAUAACUUUGAGAGUAUGUCGCCUGCUAAGCCAGCGCAGCAUCACAGAGAGCGGAAAAGAGCCAGCAAAUCCAGCAAGCACAGCCGGAGUUAGAACUCAGACUCUCAAAACCAGACUGGCUAGUAACCAUCUGCUUUACAGAUCUGAUCGCUUGGAAGACUCGAGCCUGCCAUUGCUAUUUUCUUACUUGAAAAUAUAUGCUUUCUGCUUUGAUCAAACCCACCAAGCUGUCCUAAGUAUCAGGACCUUCUCUGGGAAUAGCUUUUCCUUUUCAAGUUUUUCAAGAUGUAGGCAUAUCCUUGAGUGCAAUUUGCGUUUAAAUUCCAUGCGACCUGUAGGUUUAAUUCCCCGUGGUUCUCAAAAGACUGGUGAAACUAUACACAUCACUGAAUCCUUACUUUUUAGAGCAGAAAAGGGUUUCUUAGUUAUCUUCCACUCCCCACCCCAUCCCCACCAAAACCCUUUCAAAAUUAAGAAGUGAAAAAAAAAAUUGUUGCCAAGAAUCUUCAUAGUAACACUUCAGAAAGGUGCUUUUUUGGUAAUUUUCAUGGGAAGUUUAGCAGCCGUGAGUGAUCUCCUUUGAAAGAGUCAAAGAUAUUGUGACAUUUCACUUCAAAAAUAAGCCCUGUAGCUUUUUACAGUCUCAUUGUAUGAAAUUAUACCUUGCAUGCUGACCCUUGCUUACAAUGGAAUGCCAGAAAUGCAUGGCAGCAGCUAAUAAGUAAAACUGAUGAACUAUUUAUUUGUCAAUGUUAUUAUUUAAUGAGCUUUCACAUGUGAUUUUUUUCAAAAUGUUAAUUUUUUUUGUGUUUUGAAGCUUUUCCAUGUACCUAAAUAUUUUCCUGUAUGAUUUGUGGUUGAUCUAGAAAUAUGCAAAUACAUGUUGUAGAUAUGUAAAAUAAAUAUUUUAGUCUCCUUCAUAUAUGUAUGUUUCAUCAUGAACUUUAUCAAUCAUAUGGAUCUUUUAAAAUCAAUAAGAUGCUUUGUAAAGCUGAAAUAUGUAAUAUCUUUUUGUUUAAUCCGUGCAAUUAGAAGGUGAUUUAACCUUCAACACCAUCAGUUUCUUUUAACAAAAAUAAACACUGCUAAAAGUUA